CUCAAACUGUAACAAGGCAGAUCCCAUUUUUUUUUAAAGCAACAAUAGGACAAAGGCUGACGGAUUUAGUUUGUUGUUGUUUUUCUUUUAAAUGAUAUUUUGUAUAAAGCUUGGCCCCUAACUUUGCUUGGGGAGGGGGAUUUAAAUCGGAUUAAGCUGACUGCGGGGUGGUGCGGACACUUUUCUUUCCUGGAGACUGGGCGUGUUCACUCGGUCCGCUCUCGGCACCAAACAAAGGGGCUCGGGUGCCGCUGGGGGCAGAGAGGGGGCUUUAAAGUUCGCAGUCGCUGCAUUCAGCUCUCGCAUGAGGAAUGGCGAGCGCAGCUUUCGACCGUUUCGCCGCCGAGUGCCUGGUCUCCAUGUCCCGGACUGCAGUAGUUCACAGCCCCGCUGGAGCCGCCACUCCGCCCGGGGACAAUCAGGACAAAGGGAGCCCCGGCUCCGGCCCCGGCCCCCUGCUGCUGCUGCUGGCCCAGGCCGGCCCCUCGGCCGAUGCCAGCCCGCCAGAGGGGCCGAGCAGCCCGGCCAGCGGCAAGUGCGUGUGGGAGGCGGUCACGCCUUCCCCGAGAGAGCCGGCCACACAAAGAGGCCGGAGGGGGGCCAAAGGCAGGAGCGGCCAGGAGCGGCGGCUGAAGAAGCACCAGUGUCACUACCCGGGCUGCGGCAAGGUCUACGGCAAAUCCUCGCACCUGAAAGCUCACCUCCGGACUCACACAGGUGAGAGGCCGUUUGCAUGCACUUGGCCAGAUUGCAACAAGAAGUUUGCUCGCUCUGACGAACUGGCUCGACACUACCGCACCCACACGGGCGAGAAGCGUUUUAGCUGCCCCAUCUGUGAGAAACGCUUCAUGCGCAGUGAUCACCUGAUGAAACAUGCUCGACGCCACGCCAAUUUCCAGCCCAGCAUGCUGAAGAGACCGCACAGCUCCCGACCUGGCUCAGUCAGUGAUUACAGCCGAUCGGACGCUUCCAGCCCAGCCCUGAGCCCGGCCAGCUCACCCUGAACACACGCGUGCCCAAUGGCAGCACUUCUGACUCACCUAAUCUCCCAACAGUUGAACUUCGCUGUGACAGUGAAAAACAAAAUGGAAAUGAAGUUGGUUGAUAUUGAAGGAACAGCAUCACUCCUACCGUAUCUUUCAAAAAGAGAAACAGCUUUAAAAGAAAACACAAAACUACACAUUCACCUCAGGAUAUGUCACUGUAAAAUGUUUUUUUUAAACUGCACAAUAGAGAAAGCAAAAUGUGGCUCAGAUUUAACCUGAUUCAGUUUUUUCCCUCAGGGAUGAUUACACAUUUCUCCUGUACCAUCGCCUUACCUUAAAUAUUUGCACUGUCUGAUUGCAUCAUUUUCAAAUUUAUAUGGGGGGGGCGGGGGAGGGUGGUGCGGUGGUGUGACAUGAGUGGACAUAGUUGGACUCCUCUCCUGGAAUCUGUACUUUAAGUUUUAAUGUUUGCAGCUGAUGUGUUUAUCGUGGAUUGUUUUAACGUAAAUGCUCUUCCAAGUUGCAGCACAUAUUUCACCAUGAACAGAGAACAGGGAUUGCAGAGGUGUUAAACCCCUGCCUUGUGACCUGUUACUAUCCUGCGCACCCCCCCUCAGAACAUAACAUCAUUUUCAGUUGGUAAUUGCACAACAAUGCAUGGGGUGGAGGGAUCAGAACUUUCCUCCUCUUGGGUUAUGAAGUUACAAGCUGCCAGUGAAUGUUGUUUUUCUUGCUAAUGACCCCCCACUCCCCACACCCCCCUCCAAAAAAGUAAUUAAUCCCUAAAAUUGUACAAAAACUUGGAGAUUUAAUAUUAUGGUCUAACAGAAACAUAGAAGCCAUUCCAAAAAGUUUUUAAAAUAUUUUAGAAAAUAGUUUUAAGUGCCGUCAGAUGUAGCGCAUUGUAUACUCUAGGUUAUUGGUUACUUUGUGGAGUGAUUUGAAGUAUAUAGAUUCCAAAGGAAGCCAUGUGGACCUCUGUACGUACUUGCUUUGCAUGGAAGCUGUUGCCUCCGAUCCCUUGUGUUUGUUGUGUUGAUAGGCUCUGUGUAGCACUAUAGGUACUUGAUUCUGAGAUCAGAUAAUUUCAAUCCUGUACCUCUCACACACUCCAGUAGUAAAUGUGUCUGAAACACAACAACACACAGAUACUCUGAGGUAAUCUGAUGUAUUUAUUUUUGGGUUUCUAUUUAACUGUAAAAUGCAACAGGCUGGUCCUUUAAUUAUUAAAAAAGGAGAAUGUAUGGUCAAGUUGAGUGGUUAGACAUUUAUUGUGUGUGUAUCAUAGAAGUUGAAUUAAUGUCACUGGCUUGUAAGUUAAACUGGUACAUGCAAGAAUUACUUUUUAAUUUUGUUGAAAUUUACAGUUUGUUUCGAGAUCUGUCCCUUUCUAUUGAAGAUUCUCUGUGCACACUUGUCAAAAUAUCUAUGAAUUCUCUGAAUUGUACAUCUACACAUUAUUUAGGUAACUUUCUUCUCCCUGCACCCCCGAAAUUGCAACUCUGGCUACAUUACUGCAUGGUGUCAAAGGCACUGGCAGCCCUCCAAUAACCUCACUCAAGUUACUAUUCUUCACUUAUGAACCUACACUGUGAAUGUUGACAAUUCUUCAGUCGUGAAGGGCAGCAUAGCCAAAGCCUGUCCUGUUCUUAGCAAAUGCCUGCAGCCAUACUUUUUAUAGCAGGGGUCACAACUUAGGAACAGGAAUAAAUACCGUAAACUCCACUAGGGCGGCAUCAGCUAACACAGUAGGGGAUUAAAUGUUGGACCUUAAUGGCUUAGUAUUACACUGGCUACUCCAUUAAAACUUGCUGAGAAAUCUAAUGACUUUGGAUAUGAAAUAACACAUUAUACACCUGUGGAUUGUAACUCGAAGCAGGCCAUUUGCUCGUCACAUUGCAGGUAGUGAGGUAAAUCAUAAGGCCACUGAACAGGCAUACUCAUGCCUCAGUUUAGAUGAGUGUCAGUUUUCAGUCCAGAGUAUUGUGGACUUGUUUCCUGAUAAAAAUGAGCUCUGGCGAGACUGAAAGCCUCCAAGGUGGCCCAUGGCAUGAGAACACAUUAAACUGGGAGCAGGUUUAAUAGGUCCCAGACACAUCCAAUACUCAUUUAGGAGGGGAUUCAUGAUGAGGAAUGGCUACAACAGGAGUAGAACGAAAGUGUUCUUUAAUUAGGUUACACUAGGAGCACCAGGAUGGACAUUGUCCUUUCACCUCAGAGGUUUGGUUCAAAUGUAGUUCAGAUUGGAACUGAAGUGUUUUACAUGGAAUGAGUUUGGAAAUCUUAGUCUAGUUUUUUGUUCUGUGGAUUGAGAUUUGCAAACUCAUUUUUGUUACUAUAGCAAACAAUCUCACUCCAAAACAGGGGAAAAUAAAUCAGUGCAGAAAUCUAGAGUUAGCUUUACUCUGUAUCUAAUAACCCAUGCUGUACCUGACCUGGGAGUGUUUGAUGGGACAGUAUUGAGGGAACAUUACUCUGCUUUGAUUUAGUGUGCCUACUCAAGGAAUUGUGUGAUGAUACCCAAAUUAAGUGUUUUAUUCCCCACUAUGAACACCUCUUGACUUUAAAACAAAAAGGUCAUCGCACUGUCCACUGCUCAAAAAAGGAAUGAUCACAGGUUUCUGGAGAGUCCAAUAUAAAAAUGAGCGAAAGCAUCCACCAAUGAUUAGCUGCACAAACAUGAUGAUCUGAGCUGUGUAUUUUAGCAAGUGUGAUCCUUUGGUGCUUUUACUGUAUAUUUAUAUUUUGGGGAUCUCUAGGCUGGGAUUGAGUGAGAUUCUCCUUCUCCAAUCUGACUGUUCAAUUUUUCUUCAGUACCUCGUAUACACAUGUAAAUAAUUAAUUUCUAUUUUCAUUAAAUAAACCAUAUCCAACUAUAGAGAACCAUGCAGUGACUCACCACACACCCAAUCAUUACACAGGGGAUCGUACUUCACGAUGCUGGUGCCCACUGCUCCGUCGCUCUGCUUUGUACGCGUUUUGUAAUUUUACUUUGUACAUCCACUUUGUGAUUAUUGUCCUAUGCAAACUUUAACAAGAGUAAAACUACAAUUUCUUAAUACAUUAUAUGCAUGGUUAGUGAGGGCUUCAUUUCAAUAAAUUUUUAAAUAAGA